UUGACAGGCUCAGUUUUAGAAGAUGCUUGGAAAGAAAAAGGAAAGAAGGAUAUGGAAGAAGUUAUUCAGAGAAUUGAAAAUGUUGUACUGGAUGCAAACUGUAGCAGAGAUGUGAAACACACGCUUCUGAAACUAGUAGAACUGCGAUCAAGUAACUGGGGUCGAGUUCAUGGAACUUCUCCACAUACAGAAGCUACCCCUGAAAAUGACCCAAACUAUUUUAUGAAUGAGCCAACAUUUUACACUUCUGAUGGUGUUCCUUUCACUGCAGCAGAUCCAGAUUACCAAGAAAAAUACCAAGAGCUGCUUGAAAGAGAGGAUUUGUUUCCAGAUUAUGAAGAAAAUGGAACAGAUUUAUCGGGACCUGGAGAUCUGUAUUUUGAUUACAUUGAUGAUGAGAUGGAUCCAGAAAUUGAAGAAGCAUACGAAAAAUUCUGUCUAGAAUCAGAACAUAAGAGAAAACAGUGAGAUGUUACACAUCAACGUUAGUUUAUUAAGCCAGUUUAGGUACGGCUAGAAUACAUGGGGAUAUAAAACGUUUGUACCAAAAUAAAGAACUUGUUUCUCCAAGUACUAAAGUUAUACAGUUUCCAUUUUGUGUAACAGAAUCUGCCAAAAAUUGUAAACUUAUGCCCUGUAACUUAAAAUGUUGUGUAUAUAUCAUAGUUUAUUUUAUGUACAGGUAUAUGAACAAUGUUUUGGCUGCAAUAAAAGUGAUUUAAAAGUUACCAUGAUUGAAAUUAAAAUUUAAUGGAGAACUGUCCCAUAAAAUUUCCCUCGGGGGAGAAAGAGGAAGAACAACUUGAUAUAAAUUUAAUUGCUUGCUUGCUUGUU